ACGGUGUAACGUUGCUCCGGCCAGCACCACCAGCUUCAGUGUCGUUUCGGCCGCGGUCUCGUUCGGUCGUUCUCGGUGAAGGAUCAUAAGUUUAUGCUCCUUCAACACACACAUCACCGCGACCGUCUCUCUCUCUCUCUCUCUCUCUCUCUCUCUCUCUCUGUCUCUUUUCCUCUCUUCCCGGCCUACUUUCGAUCUACGGAAUACGUUGCGGUCUCGUGCCGAAACUUGAUUGCUCCAGCCGUCGUCGUCGAAGCUUAUUAUGAAUAUGGGCUAGUCUGUGACUAUCCUUAUCCGCCUAAGGAUCAGGAUCAAUCAGCAGGAGUAAUGUGUAACGACAAGUAGGAAGAGAAUUCGAACGGAGCUUGAUAGUGAUUCGAUAGUGCUCGAGUGCAGGGUGUCUCGUAUUUAUUCCGUAUCAUUGAAGAUUAUCGCGACCGUGCGCCUGAUAGCAUCGGUGGCGCGGUCCGCGGAUAUUGUAAGAUGAGCCCGGCCUCCCAGGGCGCCCUGGAAGUGGAGCGUUACAUCGGCAGUUGUCUAAUCUCGUCCAACGUGCGCGCCGGACUGCAUGGCAAGCCCGUGACCGUUUGCCGGAAGCAGGAACAACCAGCGACGGUACGCGGCGGCAAGGCGCGCGGCUGCUACAAUGGAGGGCAGAGUUACCCCGGGUUGGCCGAUCAGCAGCAGCAGCAGCAGCAGCAGCAGCAGCAAUGUCAGGUGCAAUACGGCGGUCCGGGCGGCUGGACGGGUGCGCCGCUGAUAUCAAUGACAUCGAGUCCGCGCAGGUGUAAUCAACGCUCGUCACCGUCGCUCGGUCAACAGCAGCAGCAGCAGCAGCAGCAGCAGCAGCAACAGCAGCAACAACAGCAGCAGACGUGCACUGAUCAGCAGCAAGUGCCACCGGGCGGUCAUCUACAUAAAAGUCCCCUGUCAAGGUUGGCGAUUCAUACGCAGGGCGCACCCCUGAUUCUGGCCGGACGAUUUUACAAUCGUGGCAAAGUGCACAGCAAUAACGGCGGUAAUUGUAAUGGUAUCGGUAAUACGCCAGCCUGCGGCAACAUCGCCGGCAAUUACGUUCACAAUAACGCGAACCCGUCCAUGACGAGCAACGUGAACGGCGCGACGAGGUGUCCGGCGUCCUCGCGAAUCACACCUCAACGAUCGAUGAUGGAGGCUACCAGCAAGAAAUCACCGACGACGACGGUCGUGUCUUCGAAUUCCAAGACAGCGGCGACGAACGCCGACUGUUCUUCCGCAGCGGCGAAAGAAAACACCGGCUCCUCGAAUAUCGCGAACAUCGAUUCGCUGAGUAUCGCGAGCGACGAGAGCUCCGGCUCGAACAAUUCGGAGAACAGUUUGCCUCGCAUCAUCAAGCCUCGCAAGCGCAGAAAGAAGGAUCGCAAACCGCCGAACAACGUCGUCGCGAGCGGCGUCGACGCGGCUAAACCUCAGGAGGAGUCGCAGGCUGCGCAGCAGCAGCGGCAGCAGCCUGCUGCCGGUUGCGGUGUCGUACCUGGGGAACAAUCCAGCAUAAUCGGUACGGUAAAAUCGUACGCGCCGACCUGUUACGAGCCGAGAAUCUACGAAGCGGUCACGCCGCAUCUCAGGAACUACCACAGGAGGCCACCGGCCAGCCAUCGUGAGAAUAUCUACGGCGGCUGUAGAGCGCCGUCGAUGCAGACGGAGAUGGCGGACAUCAGGCAGCAACGGUACGCGCACCACCGGCAUCACGUGCAAGCGAAAGUGCUGGACGACAACCGUAACGUGAUCGCGGCGCCGAUUCGUGCCACGGCGCCGCCCAAGGGCUACCGGCAUCAUCAUCACGCCAACGAUUGCGUUGGCGGCAACCUGCCGUCGCGGCGUUACGUUCACGAAUACGCCGCGGGAGAGUCCUGCGAGCAGACGGUUGCCGGCAGAGGGGACGGCUUGGGUCCGUGUCAAUGUCGAUACUGCGAUCCGGCCGGUCUGAUUUGGGACGUCGACCGGAACGGAUACUCGCCGUUCCUGACGACGACGACGUUGCCACCGCCACCGCCGUCGUCCUCCACCGGCGUCGAGUACCGUCGCGGUAGUCACUUCGGCCAGAUACCGCUGUUUUUGGCCACGUCGCCGCCGUGUGCGGCGAAUCUUCAGGAACGCGCGCUCGACAGAUUGUUCGACGAGCACUCUCGACUGCACGACGACAAUAGGGGGGACAACACGGGGCCGCCCGGUGGCGUAGUGUUGAGGCGUAGCUGGAGCGAUCCGACGAGUUACUUCAGUUACGGCGAGGAGAUCACCGCGCCGACGAGGGACGUCGGUGUCAUCGGCGAUCGAGGGGGAGGUCAGUCCGAAAGUGGGAAGCACAAACGAGCUCUUUGGCGCGGCGACAGUAUCGGCAGCGCGCCAGCGAGCUCGGCAGCGAACGCGAACGCGGUGGGCCCGAAUGCCGGUGGCGGCGGUGCCGGUGGUGGUGGUGGGUCCGUCGCGUCUCCGAAGGGUCUGGAGGUAUCUACGGAAAUCAUCACGUCGCCGAACGGUCAUCGGGAUCUGGAGAUCAAGUUCUACUCGUCGCCAUCGCCGCCCGCGGAACGUCUCGCCGAGGAAGACAAGUCGUCGUCGAGUUUCACCGGGGAGGCCGACGACGACGACAACGGAGAUGACGACUUCAGCGAUAUAUGGAGUUACCACGAGUCGAAGCUGCAGCAGGAUUUCCGUACGUUGCUGCAGGCGGAGGAGUGAUCCUGCGGGUUCGUCGUUAUCUAAUCGAAGAUAUUCCCGAGCGCGCAACCAGCGCCUUACGGUCGCGCGGACUCGCCACCGGUGCGCCCCGGUGAGCGCGAAGUGAGAGAGCAAAACGGCGAACGCCAACGGCGGUUGGAAUCUCACCGGUGGAGAAAAGGAAGAGGGAGAGUGCGAGUGGGUGUGGGUCGGCGACGAGGGUAUUUGGCCCCAUUCCGAAACGAAGUGAGACACGGGAGAGAGUAAUACGGACGAUGGUUAACCUGCUGGUGGUCUCGUCGGCCGUCAUGCGCAAACGAGAUUCGAUUGACGUUCGCCCCGGCGUCUUACGGCGGUCGCACUUACGUGCUGAUCCGGGAUCUCCUCGGCAACAAGACGCCUCCUCGGCGAGUCAAAGGCGACAACGAGGAGGGGCUUCUCACACCGCGCACGAACGGUGUUCGUCGUAUACGUGACCGUGCACGCAAUGCCGCCCGCACGCGACUCACCGCGUCGGUCGCCGAUGUCGCAUCGACACCAUCCAUCCGUCUGACGUUCCACGUCCAGCGAAGUGAAAUGGCUUCAGCAACCGAGAAACGGUGUCGAUCAGCCUUGUCGCGAGCGUGUUAGUCUUACGGGAUCGCAAGAGCGUGCACUUUUGCGUGUGUGUGUGUGUGUGUGUGCGUGCGUGUGCGUGUGUACACCGGAGCGUGCUGAGACGUGCUAAUGUACACGUGACCGUGCUGUCGGGUCUCUUUUAGCACAUGAAUUUUCCUUGUAGUAGGUUGUGACACGAUGAUCGGUUGUUUCGGAAUAAUCGGUACUUUCUUCGGUAUUUUUACAAAUGUUUUUCUUCUCUCUGGCACGCGCGAGAGUGCUACUCGCUAGGAGAGCUCCGGAAGGUGACGGAACGUUAAUUGAACUGAAAUGCUGUUGAGAAAAA